AUGGUCUUCACCGGGAUUGUGGAGGAGAUGGGCACCGUGCUGUCCGUAGAACGGAAGGCCAACCUCGAGAUGUGGGACGGCUCCAAGUCGGAGGGCUUCGUGCUACGGAUCAAGUGCAAGGUGGCGCUGGAGGGUGCCUACAUCGGCUGCUCCAUCGCGGUGAACGGCACCUGCCUCACAGUCACCACCUUCGACGCGGAGGCCUUCGAGGUGAACUGCGCCCCGGAGACCUUGCGGCGCACGGACCUGGGAGACCUCGGCAAGGGAGAUCCGGUGAACCUGGAGAGGUCCAUGGCGGCAAGCGACCGGAACUCUGGUCACUUUGUACAGGGCCACGUGGACGAAGCCGGGAAGAUCUUGAAGUUCACGCCCGAAGGUGACUCGCUUUGGGUCCGCAUCUCCCUGAGCGACGACCUUCUACCCUUUGUCAUUCCCAAAGGUUACAUCGCAGUGGACGGCACAAGCCUGACAGUUUGCGAGGUCAACCGCAAGGAGAAGUGGUUCAAUCUGAUGCUUAUUGCUCACACGCAGAAAUGCAUCGUGAUCCCCAAGAAGAAGGUGGGCGACCGCGUCAACCUCGAGGGGGAUUGCAUGGGGAAGUACGCCGCCGCUGCCGUCGGCAACGUCCGCCAGGAGCUUUCAGAAGUGAAGCAACAGCUCCGGUUCUCACAGGCCGCCGCGCUCCUGAGCCUUCUCGUCGCCACCUGCUUGGCCCUGCUCCGGCGGCGCUGA